UUGCUCCAUAUAUUCAAUCCAUCCAUCCAACCAUUAAAACGCUCACAAGUCACACCCCACAUUACCUUACCUUCUCCCUCACUCUCUCUCUCUCUCUAGUUCUCACUUUAAUAACUUCUCUUCAUUCCUCUCCCAACGUUAUAUUCGAGAAGAGCACAAGCACUGCAGAAAGCACUUCAGUUCGGUUGCAUUUACUACUCAAUCUCUCAAGCACCGAGAAGAGAGGCAAAGAAGAAAAGAAAACAAGCGCAGUACGGAAGUAGUCAUCUCUGAUUCCAAUUCGUCUAAUCUUUUUUCAAUAAAUUUCUUUCUCCAUUGCUCUUUUCAAUCCAUUCGGAUGAAAUGCAGAGCAAAUUCAAUCUCCGAUUUCUCUGAUUGAAGCUUUGAUGUAGAAUACGAAGAAGAAGAGUAAGAAGCAUUGCAGUUCUCUACUUCUUCUCCUCAGUUCUGCAUAUCUGCUCGUUUUCGUUCGAAUUUGCAGAGAUUUGAGAUUUCUUGUAUGUUCCUUUUUCGAUUGCUCUGACGUAUUUCAUGAGCAAUGGCUCCGAAGGCUGGGAAAUCGAAACCUCAUAAGACGAAAGGAGAGAAGAAGAAGAAGGAAGAGAAAGUUUUGCCAUUGGUCCUUGAAUUUACUGUUGAGACGCCGGACUACUCCCAUGUCACGGUUAAGGGGAUCUCCACGGACAAGAUCUUGGAUAUCAGAAAGCUUUUAGCUUUCCAUGUCGACACAUGCCAUUUAACCAACUACUCCUUAUCUCACGAGGUCCGAGGCGCCAGGUUGAAAGACUCUCUGGAGAUUGUCUCGCUCAAGCCUUUCCAUCUCACCAUCGUCGAAGAGGAUUACACGGAAGAACUCGCCGUCGCCCAUGUCCGGCGACUUCUAGACAUCGUUGCCUGCACAACCUCCUUCGGAUCUUCUUCGCUUUCUCCCAAACAUGGUGGACGAUCGAGCCCCAAAGAAUCCGGUUCAUCCUUUCCAAAGGAACCUAGCUCCAAUGAUGGCGAAGCCCCUGUCGAUUCGCUUAAAGAGAAUGGUGCUGGUGGUGAACCCAAUUCGAAAACCAAAGCAGGGAGCAAGAAAUCGACUGUUACCGUUAGUGGAAAUGAUAAAGCUGGAUGUGUCGACAAAGUUAGUAAAGAAGGGAAGUCUGAGGCUUUGGUGGCUGUCGAUACUGAGAAGGACGCGACGGACAAAGGUGAUUUCACUUCGAUGUGCCCUCCACCAAAGCUGGGGCAGUUCUACGAUUUCUUCUCGUUCUCGCAUAUUACGUCUCCUGUACAAUACAUUAGGAGGUCUUCCCGACCGUUCCUUCAGGAUAAAACCGAAGAUGAUUUCUUCCAAAUUGAUGUUCGGGUUUGUAGUGGGAAACCAGUGACAAUUGUUGCCUCCCGGGAAGGGUUUUACCCUGCAGGAAAACAGCUUCUCAGGAGUCGCUCUUUGGUUGGUUUGCUGCUGCAAAUCAGCCGAGCUUUUGAUGCUGCUUACAACUCUCUCAUGAAAGCUUUCACUGGGCACAAUAAGUUUGGGAACCUUCCUUAUGGUUUCCGAGCAAACACGUGGGUUGUUCCUCCCGUUGCUGCAGAUAACCCUUCUACAUUUCCCCCUCUUCCUGUGGAAGAUGAAAACUGGGGAGGAAAUGGAGGUGGUCAAGGCAGAGAUGGGAAGCAUGAUCACAGACAGUGGGCAAGGGAGUUUUCAGUUCUGGCCACUAUGCCUUGUAAGACAGCGGAGGAAAGACAAGUCCGAGAUCGAAAAGCCUUCUUACUUCAUAGCCUAUUUGUUGAUGUUUCAGUCUUUAAAGCUGUUGCAGCUAUACAGCGUCUUAUUGAUAGUAAUACAUGCUAUCCAAAUUUCCCUGCUACUUUGCAUGAAGAGGAAGUUGGUGAUUUGCGGAUAUCAGUAACAAGAGAUGUGCCUGAUGCAAGCACAAAAUUGGCUGCCAAAAUUGAUGGAAGUCAGGCUCCAGGAAUGACACCCGAGGAGCUUGCACAGAGAAACUUACUGAAAGGGAUAACUGCAGAUGAGAGUGCUACAGUUCAUGAUACUGCUACUUUAGGCGUUGUGGUAGUUAGAUAUUGUGGAUGGACGGGUGUUGUGAAAGUUCCAGUUGAAGUUAAUUGGGAGGAUAACCCUAUGCCUCAGGACAUUGAAAUUGAGGAUCAGCCUGAUGGAGGUGCUAAUGCCUUGAAUGUUAACAGCUUGAGAAUGCUACUACACAAGGCAUCUGCACCUCAAACAUCCAGUGCAGUUCACCGAUCACAUAUUCCGGAUACUGAAGAUUUAAAAUCUGCUAGGUCUUUGGUAAGAAAAGUAAUAGGGGACAGCCUGGCAAAAUUGCAAGAGAAAGACAAUAAACAGAGGAAGUCUAUCAGAUGGGAGCUUGGAGCAUGCUGGGUGCAACAUUUGCAAAAUCAGGCUUCAGGGAAAACUGAGUCUAAGAAAACUGAAGAAGUUAAGGUUGAACCAACUGUCAAAGGUCUAGGGAAACAAGGAGGGCUUCUCAAGGAAAUUAGGAAAAAGAUAGAUGACAAGAGCAGCAAAAGUGAGCUGGCAAAGGAAAGUCCUAUGUGCAACGGAGAUGUGAGCAAGAAAUCAGAUAUCACUAAUCUAAAGGAAUUAGAAAAACAAGAUUCGGAUAAAGAACUGAUGUUGAAAAAGCUGCUCUCUGAAUCAGCAUUCCAGCGUCUGAAAGAAUCAGAAACUGGUCUUCACCUCAUGGCACCAGGUGAAUUGAUUGAGAUGGCUCAUAAAUACUAUGCUGAUACUGCACUUCCGAAAUUGGUUGCAGAUUUUGGGUCGCUCGAACUUUCUCCAGUUGAUGGGAGGACAUUAACUGACUUUAUGCAUACCAGGGGUUUGCAAAUUUGUUCAUUGGGACAGGUGGUUGAACUUGCAGACAAGCUCCCUCAUGUACAGUCACUCUGUAUACAUGAGAUGGUUGUUCGAGCUUAUAAGCGCAUACUACAAGCAGUUAUUGCAGCAGUUGAUGGUGUAGGAGACUUGGUUGGGUCUAUAGCCUCAUGCUUGAAUAUCUUGUUUGGAAAACUUUCCACUGGAAAUGUUGAUGCAUACAUGACUAAUGACGAUAACCUCAAAUGGAAAUGGGUAGAGACCUACCUCUUGAAGAGGUUUGGGUGGUGCUGGAAAAAUGGAACUUGCCAGGGUUUGAGGAAGUUUUCCAUUCUUCGCGGGCUAUGCCACAAGGUUGGACUUGAGCUUGCCCCUAGGGAUUAUGAUAUGGACACUCCAUUACCUUUUAGGAAAUCAGAUAUUAUUAGCAUGGUCCCAGUAAAUAAGCAUGUAGCAUGCUCAUCUGCAGAUGGGCGUACACUAUUGGAGUCAUCCAAGAUGUCAUUGGAUAAAGGAAAACUGGAAGAUGCUGUUAACUAUGGUACUAAGGCACUCUCAAAGCUUGUGGCAGUAUGUGGUCCUUACCAUCGAAUGACAGCAGGAGCAUAUAGCCUUUUGGCUGUAGUGCUAUACCACACUGGGGAUUUUAACCAGGCAACCAUCUAUCAGCAGAAGGCUUUGGAUAUCAAUGAGAGAGAACUUGGCCUUGAUCAUCCAGAUACAAUGAAGAGUUAUGGGGAUCUUGCUGUUUUCUACUACCGGCUUCAACAUACAGAAUUGGCCUUGGAGUAUGUCAAUCGCGCUUUGUUUCUUCUACAUUUAACUUGUGGGCCCUCACAUCCAAAUACCGCUGCCACUUAUAUUAACAUUGCAAUGAUGGAAGAAGGCUUGGGAAACAUUCAUCUCGCACUUAGGUACCUACAUGAGGCUCUCAAGUGUAAUCAAAGGCUUCUGGGAGCUGAUCAUAUACAGACUGCUGCCAGUUAUCAUGCCAUUGCAAUUGCUCUCUCUAUGAUGGAAGCAUACUCAUUGAGCGUUCAGCAUGAACAAACCACUUUACAGAUACUGCAAGCCAAGCUUGGAUCAGAAGAUCUCCGCACUCAGGAUGCUGCUGCAUGGUUAGAGUACUUUGAAUCCAAGGCCCUUGAACAGCAAGAAGCUGCACGCAAUGGUACCCCGAAGACUUAUGCUUCUAUAGCGAGCAAAGGUCACUUAAGUGUGUCGGACCUUUUAGAUUACAUAAACCCAGAUGCUGACCUGAAAGGGAAAGAAAACCAAAAGAAGCAAGCCCAUGCAAAGAUAAAAGGAAAACAGGGUCAAAACCAAUGGGACACAGCUACAGAUGAAUAUCAAAAGGAUGAAUCAUUGUCGCCCACUUAUCUUGUGACAGAGACCUACAGUGACAAGGAAAACAAAACAGAAGCUCGGUUUGUAGAAUCUAAAGAUGAGAAACCUAUUAUGAGUAUUAUGGAUGGGUCCACAUUGAAUCAACAGGAUGACUAUCCAGCACAGGAAGAUACCUCUGAUGAAGGAUGGCAAGAAGCUGUUCCGAAGGGUCGACCUGCAGGUCGUAAGUCCUCUGGCUCAAGGAGGCCAAGCCUAGCAAAGCUGAAUACAAAUUCCAUGAAUGCUUCAGACUCCGCAGGAUACAGAGGAAGGCCUACCAAUUUCCAACCCCAAAGAACUUCUCCAAAUAAUGCUACUACUGUUCCUACUCAGAGGAUGUUAGUUAAGAGUUCAAGCUUUAGUCCAAAACUUAAUAACCCUGCCACUUCAGUUACAGCUGGAGAAAAAUCUCUGAUCCCAAAAUCAGCUCCAGCUAGCCCUGCUCCCACAAAAUCUGCUUCUCUAACCAGUCCAAUCAAUGUGCAAUCAGCUGGAAAGCUCUUAUCGUACAAAGAGGUUGCAUUGGCUCCACCUGGGACAAUAGUGAAAGCUGUAAUGGAGCAGCUACCAAAGGAAAAUCGGACCGAGGAGCAUAACCCUGAGGAAAGCAAGGAAAAUGCUGUAACAAAAUUGGCUCAAAUUGAUGUAGAGACAACAGUAAAGAAUAGAAAUGAGGAAAAGGUCCAGAAUCUCAUUGAGGGUAAGCAUCGACCACUGCUUUCUAGUGAGGAAUUAAAGGAAUCUGUGAUUGAAUGUAAAGAAACAGAAGGGAGUGAUAAUUCAGUUACUGAUCUUCCACAUGAAGUAAAGUGUGUUUCUGUUGAAGGAAAAAUUGAAGGUGGGGAAGUUGCAGCACUUUCUGAUAAUUCUGAUUCUUUGAAGGGUUCAAAUGCUACUUUAACUGAAUCUGAAACUUCGGGUACAGAAGUUACCAUGAGGGAACAAUCAGCUACUUUAUCUGAUUUGGAACCUCAGUCUAUUGCAAGAGAAGAUGUAAUGCAUUUACCGAGAGAAGAUGCAAGCACUGUUGAAAAAAAAGGGGCAGGUGAAAGUGAAAGUCCAAAAUCUGUAUCUAAUGAAAGUGAGAAUGAGAAGCCUUCAAUUGCAGGAGAAAAGAAGCAGGAAGCAGAACCUGGGAAAGAGACAAGUAGAAAACUUUCUGCAGCGGCACUUCCAUUCAACCCAUCCAUGGUUCCUGUCUUCGAGUCAGUUUCCAUGCCAGGUUUCAAAGAUCCUGGUGGAAUUUUGCCUCCACCUAUUAAUGUUCCUCCUAUGCUGACUGUUAAUCCUGUUCGUAAAUCUCAUCAGUCAGCAAUGGCCAGGGUUCCUUAUGGUCCCCGUCUGUCAGGAGGCUACAACCGGUCUGGAAAUCGGGUCCCACGCAAAAGGGAUGGUUUCCAGAAUAGUGAAAAUGCUGGGGAUGGGAAUCACCUAAGCCCUCCUAAAAUAAUGAACCCACAUGCAGUUGAGUUCAUACCAGGGCAACCAUGGGUUCCAAAUAGUUUUCCAGCUUCUUCCCUUGCUGUUCCUGUGCCUCCAAAUGGCCAUCCAUCACUCCCACCUGGUAUUUUGGCCCCAUGUACGGCAUCUCCUGAUGGUAUUCCAGUGUCUCCAAACGGUUCACUCGAGUCUUCAACAGAUGAAGUAGCUGAAAACAGAACUGAUAUUGCGACAGAAGAGAAUGCUGAAAAGCCUUCAUUGGAAGGGAAGGAGGGGGAAAACCCACAAGAUGAUCAAAACAAGCAAGGGCAUCCAUCUGGAGAUGAUGAAAAGUCAAAUCUGGAAGUGGAACAUGAUCCUACAGCUAUAGUUGCAGUUUCUAAUAAUGUUGUGGUUGCAAAAGAAACUUGCGACAAGGUGAUAGCUGUGGAAAAGCCAACUAAGUGUUGGGGAGAUUACAGUGACAGUGAAGCUGAGGUUAUUGAGGUCAGGAGUUAACAAGGUCAAGGAGGAUCUUAACUUUUCUACAGAAAUUUAAGUUCUCUUACUUUGCAACUUCACAGAUUUGUGGUGGACACAGAGAGAUGAGAGAGAGAUGUGAAGUGAAUUUGUUGCCAAACAACAGAGAAAUAUGAAUUGGUUUCCUUUGCUAAAAGAGUUUGUGGCAAUUUGAGCAAUUUAAGAACUUCAUGUUUCCAUAAGAUUUUGUAGAAGAGACUGAGAAGGUCCGGCAAUAGAGAUGUUUCGAACUACAUAAUAGAAUGUUGAUGAAAUCUACUGGACAGCAGAAGGCGCUGUUUGAUUGGUAAUGCUGGGAGUUAUGUUCUUCUCUUUGUUUCAUGCUUUGAAUUCAUGUUGCCGUCCAAGUAAAUAAUAACAAACUGUAGGGAAACUAGUUUUCUGAUUGGUAAAUCUCCAGUUGAGGAGCUGUGCAAGGUAGUGGUGCUUACUGUUAACUGGGAAUUUUUCUUGCCUUUAGCUGAAGAUCAAAUAUGGUGAAUACAUUAGGUGAAUAACUUUCUUGGUAAUCUUGGUCUGUAAUAAAACUAGUUGGUUGACAUGGUUGAGUCACUGAACGUUUAUGAAAAUGGAGUAAUGGCACAAAACACCACUUUUGCCA